CAUAAGAAAUCGAAGCCAUUUCUUGCGAAAAAAGGAGUCGAUGUAAAGUGAUCAAUUGCGUGAUGAUUUUACGUGGUUUGUCGUCAUGCAAGAAUUGAUAAACUAACAUUGUGAAAAACUAAACACUCGCAAUCAUGUCUAUUCCACCGUAUUUGUUGAACCCAAAUCCAUGGGCCACAAUGAUGGCCCAGCAACAAGCCCAGAUAGCAGCCCAAGUACAUGCUCAGGCUGCUGCGGCUCAUGCUCAAGCUGCUCAUCACGCUCACAUGCAGGCUAUAGCUGGACCACCGUUACCUCAGAUGCCUAAACAACCAGAAGUCUUAUCUGAGGAUAAACUUCAAGAAAAAGCACAAAAAUGGCAGCAAUUACAAUCAAAGCGAUUUGCGGAGAAGAGAAAGUUUGGCUUUGUAGAUGCUCAGAAAGAAGAUAUGCCAGCUGAGCAUAUAAGAAAGAUUAUUAGAGAUCAUGGUGAUAUGAGCAGUAGAAAGUAUCGUCAUGAUAAGCGUGUUUACUUAGGAGCAUUAAAAUACAUGCCACAUGCCGUUAUGAAACUACUAGAAAAUAUGCCUAUGCCAUGGGAACAAAUAAGGGAUGUAAAGGUCUUAUAUCAUAUUACUGGAGCCAUUACUUUCGUCAAUGAAAUUCCUUGGGUUAUAGAACCUGUAUACAUAGCUCAAUGGGGCACUAUGUGGAUUAUGAUGAGACGAGAAAAAAGAGAUCGUAGACAUUUUAAGAGAAUGAGAUUCCCACCUUUUGAUGAUGAAGAGCCUCCUUUAGAUUAUGCAGAUAACGUUCUGGACGUUGAACCAUUAGAAGCUAUACAAAUUGAACUUGAUUCAGAGGAAGACGAAUCUGUGGCAUCAUGGUUUUACGAACACAAGCCUUUGGUUGGGACAAAACAUGUUAAUGGAUCUACAUAUCGGAGAUGGAACCUGGCGUUACCGCAAAUGGCCACUCUGUACCGUUUGGCUAAUCAAUUGUUAACCGACUUGGUAGAUCAAAAUUUUUUUUAUCUAUUUGACCCCAAAUCAUUCUUCACUGCAAAAGCCCUAAACAUGGCUAUCCCUGGAGGACCGAAAUUUGAACCAUUGGUGAAAGAUUCAAAUGCUGCUGAUGAAGAUUGGAAUGAAUUUAAUGACAUAAAUAAGAUCAUUAUCAGGCAGCCUAUCAGAACUGAAUACAGGAUCGCGUUUCCUUAUUUGUAUAAUAACAUGCCUCAUUUCGUGCAUCUUUCAUGGUAUCAUGCACCAAAUGUUGUGUACAUAAAGACCGAAGAUCCAGAUUUGCCUGCAUUCUAUUUCGAUCCCUUAAUCAAUCCAAUUUCUCACAGAAAUUCACUAAAGACAAUGGAACCACAAAUUGAAGACGAUGAAGACUUUGUUUUACCUGGUGAGGUACAACCAUUUCUUCAGGAGACACCACUUUAUACCGAUAACACAGCAAAUGGAAUAGCACUUCUGUGGGCGCCAAGACCAUUUAACACACGUUCUGGUAGAACAAGAAGAGCUAUUGACAUUCCAUUAGUCAAGUCAUGGUACAGAGAACAUUGUCCACCUGGACAACCUGUAAAAGUGCGAGUCAGUUAUCAAAAACUAUUAAAAUACUUUGUGCUGAAUGCUCUAAAGCACAGGCCACCGAAACCGCAGAAAAAACGCUAUUUAUUCCGUUCGUUUAAGUCUACCAAGUUCUUCCAGACAACGACGAUAGACUGGGUGGAAGCCGGUCUGCAGGUAUGUCGUCAAGGAUAUAACAUGUUGAAUCUAUUGAUACACCGAAAGAACCUUAACUAUCUUCACUUGGAUUACAAUUUCAAUCUGAAACCUGUCAAGACGCUCACGACGAAAGAGAGAAAAAAAUCACGUUUCGGUAACGCUUUUCAUCUGUGUCGUGAAAUCCUUCGUCUGACUAAGCUUAUUAUCGAUUCUCACGUUCAGUAUCGAUUAAACAAUGUGGAUGCCUUUCAACUUGCUGAUGGGUUACAAUAUAUCUUUGCACAUGUUGGUCAAUUGACUGGCAUGUAUCGAUACAAAUACAAAUUAAUGCGACAGAUUAGGAUGUGCAAGGAUUUGAAACAUCUAAUCUAUUAUCGUUUCAAUACCGGACCAGUCGGUAAAGGGCCUGGUUGUGGAUUCUGGGCACCUGGCUGGCGUGUCUGGUUGUUCUUCAUGAGAGGUAUCACUCCAUUAUUGGAAAGAUGGCUGGGUAAUUUACUGUCAAGACAAUUUGAAGGUCGCCAUUCGAAGGGUGUAGCGAAGACAGUGACGAAGCAGCGAGUUGAGUCGCACUUUGAUCUUGAAUUACGAGCAUCUGUAAUGCAUGACAUAGUAGAUAUGAUGCCUGAGGGAAUAAAACAGAACAAAGCACGGACUAUACUUCAACAUCUAAGUGAGGCCUGGCGUUGUUGGAAGGCAAAUAUUCCAUGGAAAGUGCCAGGUUUGCCAAUUCCAAUCGAGAACAUGAUAUUGCGUUACGUAAAAAUGAAAGCCGAUUGGUGGACGAAUACGGCUCAUUACAAUCGAGAGAGAAUUCGACGCGGUGCUACGGUGGAUAAAACCGUAUGCAAGAAGAAUCUUGGUCGUUUGACGCGCCUCUAUUUGAAAGCUGAGCAAGAACGACAGCAUAAUUACUUGAAAGAUGGUCCGUACAUAUCUCCGGAAGAAGCUGUAGCAAUCUUUACUACUUCAGUGCAUUGGCUGGAGUCUCGAAGAUUCGCUCCGAUUCCUUUCCCGCCGUUAUCGUACAAACACGACACAAAGCUGCUGAUAUUGGCUUUGGAACGCUUGAAAGAAGCGUAUAGUGUUAAAUCUAGAUUAAAUCAAAGUCAACGAGAAGAAUUAGGAUUGAUAGAGCAAGCGUAUGACAACCCACAUGAGGCACUAUCUAGAAUUAAGAGACAUUUGCUUACGCAAAGAGCCUUCAAGGAAGUCGGCAUUGAAUUCAUGGAUCUUUAUAGUCAUUUGAUUCCUGUGUAUGAUGUAGAGCCGCUCGAAAAGAUCACAGACGCUUACCUCGAUCAAUAUCUGUGGUAUGAGGCGGACAAAAGACGACUAUUCCCUCCCUGGGUGAAACCAGCCGACACGGAACCUCCACCACUUCUUGUUUACAAGUGGUGCCAAGGUAUCAACAAUCUUCAGGAUGUGUGGGAUGUCAGUGAGGGUGAGUGCAAUGUGUUGCUCGAAUCGAAGUUUGAGAAGCUGUACGAAAAGAUCGAUCUCACGCUGCUUAACAGACUGUUGCGUCUAAUAGUCGAUCAUAAUAUUGCCGAUUACAUGACGGCGAAGAAUAACGUAGUCAUCAAUUACAAGGAUAUGAAUCACACUAACAGUUACGGUAUUAUCAGGGGACUGCAAUUUGCAUCUUUUAUCGCUCAAUACUAUGGACUGGUAUUAGAUCUACUCGUGUUAGGUCUCCAACGAGCUAGCGAGAUGGCCGGCCCGCCGCAAAUGCCAAACGACUUCUUGACGUUUCAGGAUGUCGCCUCUGAAACGGCGCAUCCUAUUCGAUUGUACUGUCGUUACGUCGACAGAAUACAUCUGUUCCUGCGCUUCUCUGCCGAUGAAGCGAGAGAUCUUAUUCAGCGUUAUCUUACUGAGCAUCCUGAUCCGAACAAUGAGAACAUUGUUGGCUACAACAAUAAGAAAUGUUGGCCGCGAGACGCUCGUAUGAGACUGAUGAAGCAUGACGUGAACCUAGGUCGUGCCGUUUUCUGGGACAUUAAAAAUCGACUACCACGUUCCACCACUACUAUUCAGUGGGAGAAUAGCUUUGUCAGCGUUUAUAGCAAAGAUAAUCCGAAUCUAUUGUUCAACAUGAGUGGCUUUGAAUGCAGGAUUCUGCCCAAAUGUAGAACAACUCACGAGGAAUUUACACAUCGGGAUGGUGUCUGGAAUCUCCAGAACGAAAUCACAAAAGAGAGAACAGCGCAAUGCUUCCUGCGUGUUGAUGAUGAGAGCUUGCAGCGUUUCCAUAAUCGUGUCAGACAAAUCUUGAUGGCCUCGGGUUCAACCACUUUCACGAAGAUCGUAAAUAAGUGGAAUACUGCAUUAAUCGGUUUAAUGACUUAUUUCAGAGAGGCAGUGGUGAACACACAAGAGUUAUUGGAUCUGCUAGUCAAGUGUGAAAAUAAGAUUCAGACACGUAUUAAAAUCGGACUGAAUUCCAAAAUGCCAUCGCGUUUUCCACCUGUCGUCUUUUACACGCCCAAAGAAUUGGGAGGUCUGGGAAUGUUAUCGAUGGGUCAUGUGUUAAUACCGCAGUCAGACUUGAGAUGGUCGAAGCAAACCGACGUGGGCAUCACUCACUUCCGUUCGGGUAUGAGUCAUGAUGAAGAUCAACUGAUUCCCAACUUGUAUCGUUACAUACAGCCGUGGGAAUCAGAAUUUAUUGAUUCUCAACGCGUUUGGGCAGAGUACGCCUUGAAACGGCAAGAGGCCAACGCUCAGAAUCGCAGACUCACUCUGGAAGAUCUCGAGGAUAGCUGGGAUCGCGGUAUUCCCAGAAUAAAUACGCUAUUUCAGAAAGACCGACACACGCUGGCCUAUGACAAGGGCUGGCGCAUUCGCACCGAAUUCAAACAAUAUCAGGUGUUGAAACAGAAUCCGUUUUGGUGGACUCAUCAACGUCAUGACGGCAAACUAUGGAAUUUGAACAACUACCGAACUGACAUGAUUCAAGCGCUCGGCGGUGUCGAGGGCAUCCUGGAACAUACUCUCUUUAAGGGAACCUACUUCCCGACAUGGGAGGGUCUGUUUUGGGAGAAAGCAUCUGGUUUCGAAGAAUCCAUGAAAUACAAGAAAUUGACAAAUGCUCAACGUUCCGGUCUCAACCAAAUUCCCAAUCGUCGAUUCACUCUAUGGUGGUCACCCACCAUUAAUCGCGCCAACGUUUACGUCGGUUUCCAAGUGCAGCUCGAUCUGACGGGGAUAUUCAUGCACGGAAAAAUACCAACCUUAAAAAUCUCGUUGAUUCAGAUAUUCCGCGCUCACUUGUGGCAAAAGGUACACGAAUCCAUUGUAAUGGAUCUUUGCCAGGUGUUCGAUCAAGAGUUGGAUGCACUAGAAAUUGAAACUGUGCAGAAGGAGACGAUACAUCCGCGAAAGUCUUACAAAAUGAACUCCUCAUGUGCCGAUAUUCUAUUAUUCUCCGCCUAUAAGUGGAAUGUGUCUCGACCAUCUCUUCUCGCUGAUUCCAAAGAUGUGAUGGAUAACACGACCACGCAAAAAUAUUGGAUCGAUGUUCAAUUGAGAUGGGGUGACUAUGACUCACAUGACAUCGAGCGAUAUGCUCGUGCGAAAUUCCUUGAUUACACUACGGACAACAUGUCCAUUUAUCCAUCACCCACUGGUCUUCUCAUAGCCAUCGAUUUGGCAUACAACUUGCAUAGCGCUUACGGCAAUUGGUUCCCUGGUUGCAAACCACUUAUACAGCAAGCCAUGGCAAAGAUCAUGAAAGCAAAUCCAGCCUUGUAUGUGUUACGUGAACGUAUUCGCAAGGCGUUGCAGUUAUAUUCAUCCGAACCGACGGAGCCUUACCUCUCCUCGCAAAACUAUGGCGAGCUCUUCUCCAAUCAGAUCAUAUGGUUCGUUGACGACACGAACGUGUAUCGCGUGACUAUCCACAAAACUUUUGAAGGCAAUUUAACGACAAAACCGAUAAAUGGUGCAAUCUUCAUCUUCAAUCCACGCACGGGACAACUCUUUUUGAAAAUUAUUCAUACCUCCGUCUGGGCGGGCCAAAAGCGUCUGGGUCAAUUGGCCAAAUGGAAGACCGCUGAAGAAGUUGCUGCGCUGAUUCGUUCUCUACCAGUAGAGGAACAACCGAAGCAGAUUAUCGUCACCAGAAAGGGAAUGUUAGAUCCACUGGAAGUUCACUUGCUGGAUUUCCCCAACAUUGUCAUCAAAGGAUCCGAGUUACAAUUACCAUUCCAGGCAUGUCUCAAAGUCGAGAAAUUUGGUGAUUUGAUUUUAAAAGCGACCGAGCCACAAAUGGUACUAUUCAAUCUUUAUGAUGACUGGUUGAAGACAAUCUCAUCUUAUACUGCGUUCUCACGAUUGAUUCUGAUCUUACGCGCUCUGCAUGUUAACACUGAGAGAACCAAAGUCGUCCUCAAACCCGACAAGACUACCAUCACUGAGCCACAUCAUAUAUGGCCAUCACUGACGGACGACGAAUGGAUUAAAGUAGAAGUACAACUAAAGGAUCUGAUUCUAGCGGAUUAUGGCAAGAAGAACAAUGUCAAUGUUGCAUCGCUCACGCAAUCCGAGAUUCGCGACAUCAUUUUGGGUAUGGAAAUAAGUGCUCCAUCUGCGCAACGGCAACAAAUUGCCGAGAUUGAAAAGCAGACUAAGGAACAGAGCCAAUUGACCGCUACCACCACGCGAACAGUAAACAAACAUGGUGAUGAAAUUAUUACUGCGACGACGUCCAACUAUGAGACGCAAACUUUCAGCUCUAAGACUGAAUGGCGAGUACGUGCUAUCUCUGCAACCAAUCUCCAUCUCAGAACAAAUCACAUCUAUGUUUCAUCCGAUGAUAUCAAAGAAACCGGUUAUACUUACAUCUUACCUAAGAAUGUAUUAAAGAAAUUUGUUACCAUUUCCGAUUUACGAGCGCAGAUAGCUGGCUAUUUAUAUGGCAUCAGUCCACCUGACAAUCCUCAGGUAAAAGAAAUCAGAUGUAUUGUAAUGGCACCGCAAUGGGGAACUCAUCAGACCGUUCAUUUACCAAAUACGCUACCUAACCAUCAAUAUUUAAAAGAGAUGGAGCCGCUAGGAUGGAUACACACACAGCCAAACGAGCUGCCACAACUCUCGCCGCAGGACAUAUCCACUCACGCCCGGAUUAUGGCGGAGAAUUCUAUUUGGGACGGCGAGAAGACCAUAGUUAUCACUUGCAGUUUCACACCUGGUUCUUGCUCUCUCACAGCAUACAAACUAACUCCAAGUGGUUUCGAAUGGGGCAAGCAAAAUACUGAUAAGGGCAACAAUCCGAAGGGUUAUCUACCUAGCCAUUACGAAAAGGUACAGAUGCUUCUGUCCGAUCGUUUCCUUGGCUUCUUUAUGGUGCCCAGUCAAGGCUCGUGGAAUUACAAUUUCAUGGGCGUGAGACACGAUCCCAACAUGAAAUACGAGUUACAACUGGCGAAUCCAAAGGAAUUUUAUCACGAGGUGCACAGGCCGGCUCAUUUUCUCAACUUUUCAAGCUUGGAAGAUGGUGAUGGUGUUGGAGCUGAUCGAGAAGAUAUGUUUGCGUAAAAUAAACUUGUUUAAGAUUUUGACUGACAGUAAUUAAAAGAAGUGCAGGAUGUGUACGAGUAGUGUGAGAGUACGUGUUGUAAUGUUCUUUAUUUUUUACUUUUCUCGUCUAAUUAUCAUAUACAUAGACGAUUACAAACACAUGUAAUAGUAAAGAAUACAGAUUAAGCUUUUAUUACCUAA